AUGAACGCAAUCCGCCAAACUCAGCUUUUGAAUAAGCGCGAACUCGAGAAUGCCACCCCUCCCUCUGCAUCAUGGCACGCCGACUAUCGCGAUACCGCCUACAUUUAUAUUGGCGGGCUACAUCCAGACCUGACUGAAGGAGACGUGGUAACGAUCUUCUCGCAGUUCGGCAACCCUACACAUCUCAACCUCAUCCGUGACAAAGAAACAGGCAAGAGCAAAGGAUUCGGUUUUCUGAAAUAUGAAGACCAGCGCAGUUGCGAUCUUGCCGUGGACAAUUUCACCGGCGCCGAAGUGUUGGGGAGGUUAUUGAGGGUGGACCAUACGAGGUACAAGAAGAGAGACGACGAGGAUGAGGACACUCAUCGAAUCGACCGCUGGGAGCAAGAGGCUGAGCCUGAAUCUGGGGCCGAGGUGAACGGUAAUGGAAAGAGACACAGCGACGACAGUGACGACGAGGAUGGGGAAGAGAGACAUCGGAGGAAGAAGAGAAGACAUCUACUGAAGGAGGAGCAGGAGUUGGAAGAGAUGUUGGCGAUCAAGGAAGGCAGGGAAGACGAGGAUCCAAUGCGAGAAUACUUGAUCCGGGAGAAACGAGAGGAAGUGGAAAGGGCGCGGGAGCGGGAGAGACAUUCGAGGCAUAGACACAGGCAUCGACGGAGAGAAGACGAGGACGAUGAUGGUGACAAAAGCGAGGGGCGGGAAGAGCGACGACACAGGCAUCGGCAUCGGCACGAACGUGAUGAGCGGCACGACGACCGCGACGAGCGGAAACCAAGGCCGACAAGAGAUGGUCCAGACGACGAUGACGACGAGAGAAGGCACAGAAGGCACGCAGACAAGGACUCUUAUGAGGUUCAGGACCGUCAUCAUAGGAGCCGUCGAGACGACAGUAGGGAAAAGAAAUCGUCGCGAGAUCACCGUUCGAGGUAUGAUGAUGAUUGA